AGCUGGUUUGUUGUGGGACUGAGAACAUCAUUUUAAAACUUUUCAAAGACAGAGAAAAAGCAUCAAAAACAAGAUAUACAUUGAAUAAAGAUGUCUACAGAAAGCACAACAGAAUUGGUUAAACACCUUGACAAGAGUCCAAGCCAGUCUUUCUUGCCUGCAAUCCCGAAUGUUUCUGGAAGCAGAGUGAAUUCCCUUGAAGACCGGAUGUCCAAUCAGGAAAGGACUACUACUGUUCUUCUGGAUCAGGCUUUUCGGAUCAAAGACAGCAUUGUUUCUUACCUUCAGGGGAAUAAAGGCAUUCAGCAAGGGGAGGCAGCAGCACGCCAGCUACUGGAGAACCACAUUCAGAUCAUCACGAGCAUUGUUAAGAAGCUGAGCCAUGACAUAGAGGCGUUGGAGAGGCAAAUAAAAGCAAGAGAUGAUGUAACAUCAGGAACAAAUUUUGCUAUGCAGAAUCUGGACCAGAAACAUCUUCAGGGAGUUGGGGAUCUACGUGGGAGAGUGGCUAGAUGUGAUGCCAGCAUUGCAAAACUCUCUGGAGAUGUAAAUAUAAUCAGGCAUGAGAUUUCAAAACAAGAGAGAGAGAUUCACGCCAUCCAAACUUCCUUGGAAAAUUAUAGUAAUAAUCUAGAAAUGAAGGUGAUGCAGCUUUUAGGCAAGAUAGAGACUUCAAACACAGAGCAAGACUCAAAUUUAAAGGCAAUACAGGGGAAUCAGCACCAUGAAUUGCAGCUCCUGGAUCUCAAGAUAAAUGGUAUUUUAAAUGACUUUAAGGAUCAAAUUUUAAAUCAGUGGAAAUGGACAGAAAGUCAGAUGAAGAGAGCUGAACAAGAGCAAGCCCAUCUCACAAAUCAGCUUCUUGGCACAAUGAAAGAUAAUCUGGAAACAGUGGAAAAGAAAAUGGAAGAUGGUUUGUAUUACCUCUCCAAAAGGAUAGAGAGUACAGAUAAAACAGUGCAAUUUGAUACAGAGCUGAGCCAAGUGAAAAAUGAUCAAAAUAAACUCCAUGCAAGGAUUACUAGAUUUGAAAAACUGAUGUGGAAUGAAUUGGAGGAAAUCCAGAAUGAAUAUAGAUCAGGAUUCCAAUCCAUUCGUGACUCUCUCAGUGCACUUAAAAAAAUACAGACAACAAAAUUGAAACUUGAGGAAGAGAAAUUCAAACAAGACAUGAAGAAGAUGCGACAAAAGAUAACUCAGCUUCAAGAAGCCUAA